ACAAGAUGGCCGCCUACCAGUUUUCUGUGUAAUUCCUACAGGCUUCCAGGCUAAAGGACCAACUUACAAACUGUUUUCUGAUAACUUUCAGUCAAAUGAAUUGGAACGAUACGUGUUUUCACGGAGAGCAUCCUCGUGACAUCUACUGUUACCCGGACUCACCGGUAUGUGUUACACCGGCAUUGGUAGGUCUCCAGAUACUUUUCCUUGUCUGCGUCAUGAUACUAAGUGUGACGUCAUGUACACUGCUAAUCUACGUCGUACAUCGGACGAGGUCGAUGUCGAUAUCGAUGAAGACGUGUAUCAUUAGUCUGUCGACUGCCUACAUUUUGUCGUCCGUGUAUCCAAUUCCUAUUCUGUGCUACUCCAUCAUCUAUUCGCAUCUCGUCAUUGCCGACGCUGUGUGUCGCUCGUCUCCGCUGGUUGUCAUGGUGACGUCCAUAUCCACUAACUGGACACUAGCUUUGGUAGGUUUGGACAGAUUCCUCACUAUCUUCCGUCCAUUCACCUACCCUAUAACUAUGAACCUCCGUAAAAGUGUGGCGAUGGUGGUAUCUGCGUGGUUAAUCGGUGUGGUGUUCGCCACACAGCCAUGUUUUGGGUGGAGAGACGUAGGUAUAUGUUUCCAGCCAAGGGCACUACAGAUCUGUGGAAUCACGUGGAAUACAUCUAAAGUGUUCUCCUACGUCACGUGGUCUCUGACCGUCGCAGCGCCGUUCUGUCUCCUUGUGUUUUGUUAUUCCAAGAUUGCACUGUUGGCGAAGUCAUUGAUAGACCCUGAACGCGGAGAAAAUGUCAUACGAAUACCACGUACAUGUAGCAACAACGUCCGCCCUGAACGUCGACUUGUGCGCAGGAGAUCGGUCACCGCAUGCCUUAAGACAUUCAAAAUAGUUAUCAUCAACAUCGGCACCAUCUGUCUGUGCUGGGUACCCUAUUCCGUGCUGUCUGUGAUGAGCCUAGACGCAAACAGAGCUGGUAUUACCUACAGUCAGGACUUCAUCGGCUAUUGUUUACUCUUCCUACCUAACUUUGUUAAUCCUAUUGUUUUCAUCGGCUUUAACAAGGACUACAGGGACAGCGUCACUCGGCUGUGGAACCGGAUGUGGGGUACAGUAAGGAAUACCUCGGGUGUGUCGGCCUAUGAACGUUCACGUCGUACGCUCGACUCCACACAGUACGAUUACACGACCACAACUGCGAAUGUGAGAGUACGAACAGUGAGACAAGUGUCUAUACGUCAUAUGUAGUGAACUUUGAUCAGCAUUGUCACACAAGUAAAGAGUAUGUUUAGUAA